AUGAAUAACACAUAUACAUUCAAAUAUUAUCGUCACCACUUCACCAUGGGAAUUAUACGCCUUUUGGUCUUACUAAAUGUUCUCUGUUUUGGUCUUGUAAACGGUCAAAUUCAAAAUUACAACGUACUCGAUUUUGAUGCCACCGGAGAUGGUCAAACUGAUGAUUCAAACGCUUUUGUGAAAACGUGGAACGCUGCAUGUGGGGGAGGAGGAGAUAUUCAUAUAAGCAUACUUCUUAUUCCUGCUGGGAGAACAUUUUUAAUUCAACCUGUUGUGUUCAAUGGUCCAUGUAGAUCUAGCAAUACAAAAGUUCAGUUGGAAGGCGUCAUUGUCGCGCCUAGCAACAAAGAAGCAUGGUCCAACCCAAAUUCUCGAAUGUGGAUCAAAUUUUCAGCGGUGAUUGGUCUAGUGAUUGUUGGUUCAGGAACGAUUAAUGGUCGUGGUUCAUCCUUUUGGGAACAACAUUUGAAAGCUUCUCAACGACCUACAUCAUUGCAUAUUAGCAAAUGUGACAACUUAAUUAUAAGCGGAAUAACCUCGAUUGAUAGUCCAAAAAAUCAUAUAUCAAUCGCCACAUGCACAAAUGUUGCAGUGUCGAAUAUCGGCCUAUUUGCACCCGAGGAUAGUCCCAACACAGAUGGGAUUGAUAUAAGUCGCUCGACUAACGUCAACAUAUUUGACUCUACGAUUCAAACUGGAGAUGAUUGUAUAGCAAUCAACACUGGGAAUACAAAUAUCAACAUUACAAGGAUUAAUUGUGGACCUGGUCACGGAAUAAGUGUGGGAAGUUUAGGAGUCAAUGGAGGCAACGCUGCAGUUAGUGAUGUUCAAGUGACUCAGUGCACUUUCAAUCAGACAAUGAAUGGAGCUAGAAUCAAGACAUGGCCGGGUGGGCAAGGAUAUGCAAGAAACAUAAGUUUUGAAAACAUCACACUCAUUAACGCAAAAAAUCCAAUUAUAAUUGAUCAACAGUAUAUAGAUAAAGGGCGUGUUUACUCUGCAGAGAGAUCAGCUGUGGCAAUUAGCAAUAUAAAAUUUAUUGAUUUUCGUGGAACGACGUCGAAAAAGAAUGCUAUAAAGAUUGAUUGUAGUGCAACCACACGUUGUAAAGAUGUCCUCAUGAAUGGAAUCAAUAUUACCAUGGCGGAUGGGAAACAACCUAGAGUUGAUUGCAAAAAUGUCGAUGGGAAAUCUGAAGACACUAUUUUGACGCAUGACUGUUUUGACAAUGUUUAA